UCUCUCUCAGCCAUACCUUCACUUGGACCUACCAAUGCAUUAUUCAUUUCGUAUUAACUUAAUUUAAGAGAUUAACACCUCUCAGCCUGCAUCAACAUUUAAUAAUCUGAAUAAUGGCCCCUGGUCCCUUUGCAUUAAUUAGCCUUGAAACAUUAUUAAUUUAACACCAUAUACAGCGCUUGUCUCUGCAUGCCCGUGUGCUUUAAUGACUAAUUUAAGUGCUCUAAUAUCACACGCCACUAAUAAUUCAUAUGAUUGUGGUCUCCCCACCGUGUACUAGUACAACGUACCUCAUAGAUAUAAAACUGGGAAGCAUUCAUAAAGUUAUUAACCUCUCGUUCGACCUGGACUUGAAUGGUGUGUGUGACGUAUAAAACUUGUGCUUUCAAACAAAGGAAAAGGGAUUGGGACUCCUCAAGAAACGACCUUCUAUUAUUAGACCGGUCAGUCCCCAGUUUGUAACUUGAAUGUGUCGCUUUGACAGUCCCAUUGGUAGAUAAAGCCUCAGGAUACUUUUCUUAAGUUGAAGAUUCCUUCAAGAACCUAGCAGAGCGGAGUGUUAGCUGUCAAUACAGCUUCGAAUACGAGGGUGUGAGGGAACGAGGAAGUGAACGCUUGACUUCACCGGAGAUCCUGAUCCGGACAGACCUAAUUGGAUUAAAUAAUUAGGCAUCCCGCAGAGGAGGCGGAUAACUACACACGCUUCCAGUGCAAUCGGAAAGGACGCAGGCGUGAGAUUCCAGCAUCUCUCAUCAAAGGUACAUCUGGUGCUUGUUUCUGUUAACGGAGUUUCCAGAACUAUACAGCACUUCACAAGACCACUGUCUUUCACCCUUGGGCCAUAUGGACUAUUAACGGAAGCCAAAAUCUUAUCGAUAAGCCAGCCGCAUCUCACCUCAAAUUCAACCAAGGAAGACAAUCUAGAUUCGGGCUUUGACCAUUCGAUAUUGACCACUCGAGAUUCAAAGCAUUUAUUGCCUUCGGUAUUUUUUGGUGGAGCUGAUAGCAAGGAUUUGACCUCAUCGGAACACCCCAGUUGCUGUCAUGAUGGUUCUUUUCAAAUGACACUCGCAGCGCUUCUCAGAAAAUCACCAUAUUGCUUUAUUCAUUUUACCACUUGGGACGCAAAUCAACAAGAUAGUGCACACUUCCUAUUAAUAUCGAUGGCCGGUUGCCGUUCUAUUUGUCUAAUUCAUAAACCGUCAAAGGUAAUAAAUUAAUGGGCAGCCGCGCGGUUUCCAUUGCCGCAAAUGGGAUUGAGAGUUUUAUAAAGCAUAUAAUUGCACAUCGUUCGAUGACUAAGUGGGUAUUGCCGUGUCAAGAACACAGUUCACGCUGAGAUGCCGCACUUUUAACGAAGUGCUUAUAAACUGAAUUUGGUUUCAUUUUAAAGUCAGACUGCGGAGAAACGAGAAACAGUUGUGUCAUUGUUUGUUGCCAAAGCGGAACUGUUAGAACAUUUGCUGAUUCGCUUUUGACUGGUGCAUUCCGUUUUGGGGCAACCAACCUACGAUUGAUUUUUCAACGCCACUACUUACACGGUACACAUUUGGUCGUUUCUCAGCACAGAAGAGUGGUUUUCGAUUUACCUGUAAUUGCCAGCACCAUUCCGUUUAAAACCUCGGUGGAUCCACUACUUGGCAGUGAACGGUAUAUGUUUAUGAGACAUAAGUACAUUACAAUUUUGCUAUUGUAGCAUUAAGAGAGUGGUGCAUGAUAAGAAAAAGAGGGCGCAUUUUGCCUGUAGCAACCAGCAAGUGGAACCGCCCAGCCAUUGCAAUUGAAGUGGGCAUUGAAUUAAUCACGAUAGUGCCCUGGGAAACAGCACACCAUAUUUUUUCCUUGAGGCAACAGGAGAGUGGAAUUACGCAAACACGCUACUUAAAAGACAACAUUAUAUCAGGGGAAAAACGCCUUCACGCACGUUUCACUUGCUGCUGUAGAAAAACUUUUAGAUACACAGACCUUAUUUUGCCUUCAGGUGUUUGGAAAGGAGAACUUGAUUUCGCAUAUUGCUCAGUUAACUAAUUUGGGGGUUUGAUACGCAUGUGCCCCGAAACAAAACUGAGCACAUGACGUAGAUCGAUAUGUCACAUUAUAGACGGGUACAUGCAAAUUAACUUGAAAGAUACGUUGACUUCACCACGGAGAGCUUUUAAUUUAGCUUGCGUGUUUGAUUCUAGAAAAGAAAGAACAUUGCAGAUACAGAGCGAAAACACCGUAAUAGACAGUUAACAAAUCAACAGUAUCUGUGAACCAAUGAUUAUAACUACUACGAGAGGAAAGAGAAUAACGUUACGUUUCUGAAACCACAUGUGACGCACAUUCCAUUGGGGAGUAAACUGGAGUGCGUUGUCAUUAAGUCUUUUUAAUGGCAUUAAUGUUGGCAGUAUAAAGUCAGCAAGCCCAUAUAGGUGCGCAUUAUCACCGGUUACACAUCUGGCGUCAUAGGUGAAAGAAUAAUAGUGCGUGAGGUUUUAUGUUUAAAAUACUACAUCUUCGUGUUAUGUCUACUUUUUAAGUCGUCAUUUACACAGCUGAAAUUUAUUAACUUGAAGAACCCCAACGAAGAGUUUAACUGCAGUAAUUGGCAAGAGCGCAGUGUAAGUACGGACUUUUUUUCACAAGUACAUAGGCCUGCAGACUGAAGGGACGUAUACGCAGAAUAAAUAUGGCGAAUUUCAAUUAUCUCACUUCUGAAACCAAUGUGAAUUGGUCAACUGAUAUUACAGUAACUGGGGAAUACGGAGAUAUGUUAAGGCCUACAUAUAUGUCUGGGGCGAGCUUGUAUAACUCUUCGGACAACACAACCCAAACGUAUCCAACAGAUCCAUCUUUGGAGAAAAAGGUUGCAGAUUGGAUUCUGCGAAUAAUUCCCCUGCUACUGUUGAUAUUCGGAUGUAUCGGGAACAUACUUGCUUUCUUGGUCAUGCGUCGGCCAUUUGUUCGCCACACGUGGAUGGGGUACCUCCUGGCGGCACUUGCUGUCGUUGACACCUUAGUACUCAUCUUUGGCUUAUCGCGACAUCUGAUAAGAAUAUACUGGGACAUUGACAUCCGGGUACUUCAUGACGCCAUGUGCAAGACGCACCGUUUUGUCCUGUACACCUGUCAGGACUUGGGCGCCUGGCUUCUGGUGACUUUAACAACGGGCAGAUUUAUCUCAAUUCGAUUCCCCUUCCGUUCUGUCACCUGGUGCAGUGUCGGUAGGGCCAAACUGGCGCUUGUCAUCUGCACGACCAUCAUGAUUGCCAAAAAUGUCCAUCUCUUUUUCACGCAGAGCGUUGAGGAGAUUUACCCAGGAAAACUGAAAUGCACAGUUCUGGAGGAGCACAAGGAGUUUUGGGUGGUGGCCUGGCCCUGGAUUGCACUCAGUAUCUACGCAGCCGGGCCAUUUACAGCCAUGAUAAUUAUGAAUCUCUUCAUAUCGAGAAGCCUUCGAAAAUCGGACCAGUUCAGAAAAAAGACGGUCAUACACCAAAACGGCUUGCGUAAUAAGCAGCCGGGCAAGAAAUACAGCGACACGACAGAAGGGGGAGCUAACGUCAAUAAUCAUGAGACCACAAGGUCGAUGACCUAUAUGUUAUUGACCGUCAAUUUUGUGUUUUUAAUCACCGCCACCCCAAGCUUUGUCGUUCUUAUCAUAGAGAAAUACCAACCGAUCCCAGAUCUAGUUGACGCAUUUGUACUUAUAUUAAACUAUACGAAUCAUGCGGUUAAUUUUCUGUUGUACUGUGUUAGUGGACAUCGGUUUAGACGGGAGCUUGGAAAACUGACUAAACAUUGUUUCCGAUGCAGACAACAAAAUGAUAAUGACUCGUCUCAAGGAGGCACAGGUAGAUACAUAAUAACGCCACACUCUCGUUCCCCCGCCAUCUCGAGAAAUAAUUUAAACUUGGGAGACGCUUCAGAGUCAACGAGAUUAAGUCCGUGUCGGCUAAGUCCCAAUUUAAGUCGCGUCUAAAAGGACGGAUGUCCAUGAAACCGAUGUCAGUAUUUUCAAACGUUCGUCAGAAUGUGUCAGUAAAUGUAUAGAUGUAGGACCACUGAAUAUAGCUGCAGAUUUCAUUUUAUCAUUUGAAUGAAGCAUUUGACUUCUAUCUCGAUCUAGUGUGAAAAUAUUCUGUAUGAAUUUUAAAAGCAAAGUCCAGUAAGUGCUUUUUUUUUAAUUUAGUUUUUAGAAUUAAGUGUUUAAUGAGUGAGUGUGCAUGUGUUAAAGCUGUAGAAAACGUUUUACUAGUAUUAGCGCAGGAGGUUACCCAUGUAUUAGCUGGUGUUUAUCGACACCGGUCUCUUUUUAAUGUUCUUAAUUAGCUGCGUUUUUAUUGAAGCAUUUAUUCUAUAGCUAUUGAACAGUUCGAAUUAAGAUAGACGUUUUUAUGUGUCAAACUUAAAACAAAUUUUGUGGUCUACUAGCAUUGUGUUGUUUUUUCUUUUUUGUGGAUUGUUGAAAAUAUAUAAUGCAUAAUGCAAAACAUCGAUAUUUUAGGUGUCGUGCGCAGGACUGGAUUUUAUCGCGCGGGUUUUCCAUUGAUGUUUGCGCAAGAAAAUGCAUAGAAAAAAACUUAACAGUUAUAAUAUUUUGGAACUUGGUGACAUUUUUUGUGUGUUGGUGUAAAAUGAUCUUAUAAUGAUUUGAUUGAAUUUCCAUACAGAAACUGAAACUAAUUUUAGCAGAUGUUUCUCCCUCCGAGAAGGGACCAACAAUCAACGUUUUCCUGCAAACAUUUUAUACGCUUGAUUGUCGGUGGAGGAAUAUCCAAAACCAUAUAAAACGUAUUCACAAAACCGCAUUAAUAAAAUAUCAUGUAAAAUACCCUUUUUUACCCUAGGUUCUAG